AUGAAUGUUUUAUUCCAUCGGGUUUUCAUCUUGGUCAUUAUUCAACACAUCAUUGGAGGUGAACUUCUUACUCAAAGUCUCCCAAACACGCAAGACACUCUUGAUCCUCAAAGUACUACUGAAAUUGCAAUUGGAACUAAGAGAUGUAUUGGAAAAGAUUGCAAUCAUCUAGUGAAUCGUAGAUCUAAAACCAUCAAAAAGCGACAAUGUACAACUCAAAGUCCUCCAACUUGGGGUCUCGCCACUUGGAUACCCGGUUUAUUUCACACUACUCCUAUUCCUGGUGAUUUAUGUCCUCCGAAAGACAAUACUGCUAGCAGUAUCCAAAAGGUAGGAAGACCCGGUACCUCAGACACAAGAAUAACGGCAGCUUCAGGGAACGUGAAAGACGAAACCAAGGAAGACCAACAGCGUUGGUUAGACGCUCAUAACAAAUACAGAGCCACUUAUAAGGUUGCACCUUUGGUUUGGAAUGAUCAACUUACAUCUGCAGCAAAAUCAGAAGUCUCACCUUGUGUUUGGGAACACUCAAGAGGAGCAUAUGGAGAGAAUAUCGCAGCUGGUCAACCUGAUAUUGAAAGAGUUGUAUCUGAUUGGGUCAUCGGACCUGGAGAAAAAUCAGUUUAUAAUCCAUCAAAUCCUACAUUCUCUCAUUUCACUCAAGUAGUUUGGUCUUCAACUAAAUCUAUUUCAUGUUCAAGAACUUCAUGUGUCUCUAUGAAAGGUAUCUCAUUACCUCAAUCACCUAUCAUUUUUUGGGCUUGUGAAUAUUUUCCUCCUGGAAAUGUGAUGGGUCAAUUUAAUCAAAAUGUUAAAGCUGGACCUGGUGGUAUACCUCUUUAA